UAGACACCAGUUUACUUUAAGUAAAGUAAGAAAACCCCAAAACAGGCCUCACAACCUGAAGUCUCCGACAAGAAGGCUUCAGCACGCCGGACUCAGCAAUGACCUGUUGCACGACUUCUUCCUCUUCGGGGCGUCUCGUCCUUUAAGUGGCAAUGACGAGGCAGCAAAGCUUCGUCCUUGAAGUGGUGUACAUGUGGUAGACGAGGGAGGCGCAGGAGGAGAAGGGGCGUCAGGUUCACGGCAGUCACGGGAGUCCAGGGCGUGGAGAGGGGAGAGGUAAGGCACCCAGAACGAGCCCACGGUAUCUGAGUUAGCCCGAAUGAGAGCAGGGCAGGAGCUAUAGCAGAAUCAAGUGUUCAGGGCGAGGCUCGGCCGCUGUCUGACGAGGAAGACGCGGGCGGCAACCAAGUCGCCUCCCAUAGCGGGUUGAGAAGCCUUGGUGGUUCAGUCGACCGAGGCGUCGAACGGCGUCAGGCGAACGAGCAGCGGGAGUGAAGCAGGUGGUUCGCUGCGCCUCGGUAGUUGAACAGCUUCGAACGGCAAGAUGCGGGCGGGCGGCAGGAGUGCCCCGGUCGUUCGGCCGCUAAGUUGGUAGUUGCCCUCACAAACAUAAAACUGAUUGGAAAACAUGUUGCUCAGGAGAAAAUGCUGUUUGCUCUGACCCUCCUUAAACUGCUUAUUCAACUAGGCCGGGUUGUUAAAAAGUGCAUGCUAUUUAUAUGUUUAAGCAAAAGCACUUUCUUGCGGACUUCAUUCAGGAUAACAUAGAAGCCCGCAAAAAUGCAACUUGCCCUAUCAAGAAAACUGCAAUCAAGUGUAUUUCAAACAGCAUUUUUGGUCGAUUCCUGAUGAACGCGGCCAAAUAUAGUGAAGACAUAGAUAUUGUCACCAACCGCGAAAAGUUUUUGAAGCUGGUCCGAAGUUCUUACUUUAAACGUGUUGUACCCCUCAAUGAUGGUCAUGUAGUUGUAGUUCGCCAUAAGAAAUAUUCACAGGUGAAUCAUCCAAACUACAUUGGCUACUACAUCCUAGAGCUGUCCAAGCUGCGACUAUAUGAUUUCUUUUACAGUAUCAUGAAGGCUCAUUACGGGAAUCGGGCGAAACUAGUGUAUUGUGACACUGAUUCCUUAAUAACAGAAAUUGAAACUCCUGAUCUAUUAACAGAGUACUCGCAGGAACCCUUUAAAAGCUAUAAAGACACAAGUAACUUUAGCUCCUCACAUUCUUUGUACAACACAGACAACAAAGGCAAGCUCGGAUUUCUCAAGUCUGAAGUGAGGGAAAGAACCAUCUCAGAAUUUGUAGCUGUAAGACCAAAGUGCUACUCCAUCCUCUUGGCAGACGAUGACCGGUUGAGUUCAGCUAAGAGCGUUCCAAAGUUCAUAAAGAAGAAAAUUGCUCAUCAGCGAUACAAAGACGUCCUAUUCCAGAAGCAAACAUUUACCUUUGGCUAUCAGGGAUUCACAGUGCGCAAUGGACGAAUGACUACAGUAAAAUAUCCCAAGAGAGGGAUAUCUGUAGUUGAGGACAAAAGAUACUACAUUAGCACCUUGGAGUCACGGUCUUACUGUCAUCCCGAUAAUUCUACAGGGGUAGAGGAGGAGGAGGAAGAGAAGGAGGCUGUAAUCAUAAUUUGACCAAAUUCCAAUAAACAUUG